UAAAAGGUUUUUCAGCAAAUUCCCACUGAAAACAUUGAUUGGAAGGCCCCCCUGGCCAGCGUCCCCCCUACAUAUAUCGUGCCGUGGGACGGUUUGCGUAUUUAUGACAGGGAGAGAAUUCACUGCUCUUGUAUAAAGAAAGGGGAAUGGGGAAUUGUGUUGGGAGGUCAAACUUGACGGUGAAACCAUUGGACAGCGAUAUUGGGAUGAUGAAGAGCCGAGAAGAGGAUGGGAGAAGGAGGAGCUUUGAUGCACCGUCGAGUCCUAUGAGGAUCAAGGUGCGCAUGACUAAAAGGCAACUCGAGGAGCUGAAGGCACGGGCGGUUACCAGAAAAGGGACUUCGGAACUUGGUCGCUUGAUCGUUAAGGAAUGCUUUGAAGGUAGAUUGUCUCCUCGAGUUGUAGUUGGACAAGUUCAUAUCUCCGAGAAUUCAAGAUUAAGGCGUUUGAGUUUGAGUACUAUUGAUGAAGAAGCGACUGUAAAUGAUAGUUUGUUUGGAUUGGUCCCAGUUUGGUCGAACCGGUGCUGUAUUCUGGAUUUGUCGAAUGGUAUUGGCAAGGCAGCUGGGCGCCGCGAAUUGGCUCCAGAAAUUUAUAUAGCCUUGGGUGACUCGGAGAAUGUUCUAGGAGUCAAAAGCAUAAUUUGAAGCCCUUCCAUUUUUGGUUCGCCGGUUCCAACAGAUGGGCCCAUUACCCCAAAUUGCUCGCUGUUACAGGUACUUGUUGCAGGCCCUCCUCCUCUUAGUCCUUAGUCCUACCCUCGUAAGCCUAGGUCUAUAGCUUACAAAAUGGAACAUUAAAGAAUCGCUACGUGUCAACGAAUUGAGAUCAGAACCAAACUGAUGCAAAACCCCCGAUUAGAACAGGGAAAGAGAAGAGAAGGGACGAUGCAAAAGUCAUAGGAAACAUAUCUCCCCCACGUUACAGUCGCACGCUCCCACUCAUCACAUGCAGGGGCCGACCACACCCCCAAUCACCUACGUUAUCUCCCACUUUCAACAUUGCCCAUCCUUCUCUCUCCACCCUCGGAUUUGCCUACACGCGUAUCGUAAAUCACCAUCAAACGGCCUGAAAAACGUGAUCCACUCAAAGUCGAAGGUAAUAAUGGAAAAGCACUGGCGAGUUGCAUGUGCGAUCUCUGACGCUAGACUGCCUGCCGGGUUUUUGCAGCCUUCAUGUGGAUAGUACGACACCCUCUACAUAUUUUCCCACGCUUUCCUUUUUCCUUUUUCCUUUCUCUUAGUUAAGGCCUUUUCCAAUGUCUCAGCUCGGCUUGCUUGCCCGCAAGCCAGCCUCCAACAGUAUCUUUCUUAGUUCUUACUACCCUCUUUUCUCUAAAAGACUCGAAUUUUCAUGCAACUUUUGAUCUUCUGUUUUCCCACUCUAAUUCCUUCAGCAUUGUUUUUAUCCCUUUUUCCCAUUAGUUCUUCCCAAAUGUUUCUCUUUUUGCAUCACCAACCAUUGAGAAAAAUAAUUUUGCCUUUUUUCCUCUCUGUCAUGAUUUAAUAUCC